AUGGAUAUCAUAUCGGAUGAUGCAUUAUCGACCAUGCACCGCAGUGGUGGCGGUGGCCUACUCUCUGUUGCCAGUGCACUUACCGCCGCUGCAUUGACCGCUUAUGCUUUUUAUCGCAAGUAUUAUCAUCAAGGUGUUCCAGAAGGCCUUGAAAACAUCCCAUCUCCUCAAAAUGCAUAUCCUUACGUUGGCCAUUUGUUAUCUCUGAGUGAGCAGCCCAUGCUACAAUUCAUGCAGUGGCAUCGCGAAUUAGGAUCCAUCUUUCGAUUACAAAUGGGUGUCAAGACAUGGAUUGUGAUCAGUGAUCCCACCAUCGCUCAUGAACUAUUAGUGGGGAAUGGCAACAUCACCUCGGGUCGACCUUUUUCGGUCCUCAAAACAAAACAUCGUAGCAUGAAUGGAAGGGGGUUGAUAUGUUCAAGUCCUAACAAAGCUUGGAGACAAAUGCGUACUGUCACGAAUGCCUUACUUGGAUCGAAAAAGAUGGCGUCCAAAUUUACACAGUCGUUGAACGACCAAGUGGAUCGAUUGGUGAUUGCAUUGAUGAGCGGUAGUGGUGCACAAAAAAACAUGGAUCCCACCAAAGUGCUCGAGCGGGCCUCGUUGCAAUUCAUUCUGACAACAUGCUUUGGCAAGGACGACACCAAUGACGACACGUUGGACGAGGUCAUUCGUGUCAUGGAUCAUGGUCAUGAGAUUGCUUCCUCGGAUGUCACCACCUAUCUACCCGUGCUAUCGCUUGUGCUUGGCAAGACGGAAGAAAUGUACCGACAUUACAUUGAAACUGAACGCGAGCCUCUAUUUCGACGAUUGGUGGAUCAAAGUGGCGAAGAGGGUGUUGUCAGAUCUCUCAAGGAUAUGAAGGAAAUGGGCCAAAUGGAUGAUCAAGACAUCUUGGCAGCAGCAGGUGAUCUUGUUGAAGGAGGAACCGAAUCAUUGGCUACAGCGUUGCUAUGGGCUUUUGUCAUUCUUUCUACACAAAAAGAUGCCCAAUACCAAAUCGUGGAGGAAAUCGCGUCCUUUGCUUCGGAGCAUCAACGAUUACCCACCUUUGCUGAUCGCGAUGCCUUGCCUUUCCUUGUCUCGGUUCAAAAAGAAUGCAUGCGUUUUAGACCUAUUACCCCCUUUGGAGAAUUCCAUGAGACUGAACAAGAUGUCGAAUGGAGAGGACAUGUGCUUCCCAAGGGUACUACCAUUGUUACGAGCUUGUACCUCAUGCAUGCUGAUCCAGAGGUGUACGAACAACCAGAAGAAUUUAUCCCCGAUCGCUUUGUUGACAAUACAAGCACGAUGGCGUCUCUAGCCAAUGCCAAGGUUGGCCAACGUGAUCACUUUAAUUUCGGUUGGGGAAGACGAGUAUGUCCCGGUGCACAAUUAGCGGAGGAGCAAAUGUUCACUGUAUUUGUGCGUUUAUUCACCAAUUGCACCAUUGAGCCUGCCUUGGAUGAAGAGGGCCAACCAAUCGAAAUUGACCUUGAUAAUAUCACAUCGAACGGAAGGGUGACAACACCAGCAGGCAACAUCAUGCUUCGAUUCGUUCGACAUGAAGAUAGCAUGGAGGAUGAAGAAGAAGAAGAAGACGAUGAUGAUGAUGACUUGUGA